CACUCAGUGCCCAGCGGAGUCCAACCUCAGUCGCCUUCGCGGUCCUCCCUCUGGGUUCCCUCCGAGCCUGCUCCGGGGCCCCUCCCUCGCUGCCCUGCGGUCAGGCCCCGCCCCCUCGGGGCCGACAGCCAAUGGAGACCCGGCCACGCCCUCCGCACCGCCCACCGCGUCCCUUAAGGUUUGAGGGCCCGGGCAGAGGGUCUGAGCCCCGGAGCCUACGGCUGGCAGUGGCGGGCACGCUCCGGGCAGCUGGCGGCCAUGGACUCCCAGGGGCUGAAGACACUCAUUAAUUACUAUUGUCAAGAGAGAUACUAUCACCACGUGUUGCUUGUGGCCAGUGAAGGAAUGAAGAAGUAUGGCAGUGAUCCAGUCUUCAGGUUUUAUCAUGCCUAUGGCACACUGAUGGAAGGUAAAGCUCAAGAAGCCCUUCGGGAAUUUGAGGCCAUUAAAAAUAAACAAGAUGUGUCCCUGUGUUCUCUGAUUGCCCUAAUGUAUGUCCAUAAAAUGAGCCCCAAUCCAGAUAGAGAAGCUAUCCUGGAAUUAGAUACCAAAAUGAAGGAGCAACGUAAGGAAGCCGGAUGCAAAGCCUUGUACCACGCAGGCCUGUUUUUAUGGCACAUUGGUCGCCAUGAUAAGGCGAGAGAAUAUAUUGACAGAAUGUCAAAAAUGCCGCAUGAUAGCAAUGAGGGACCAAUUUUGAAAGCGUGGCUUGAUAUUACAAGAGGGAAAGAACCUUAUGCUAAAAAAGCACUAAGGUAUUUUGAGGAGGGAUUACAAGAUGGAAAUGAUAUUUUUGCUCUGCUGGGUAAGGUACUGUGCCUUGAAAUGCGCCAGAAUUACUCAGGAGCCCUGGAGACCGUGAGCCAGAUAAUUGUGAACUUUCCCAGCUUCCUCCCUGCUUUUGAGAAGAAAAUGAAAUUACAGCUGGCGUUGCAGGAUUGGGACCAGACGGUGGAGACAGCACAGAGGUUGCUGCUUCAGGACAGUCACAAUGUGGAGGCGCUGAGAAUGCUGGCUCUGUAUUAUCUAUGUAGGGAGGGGGACAUAGAGAAGGCUGCUGCCAAGCUGGAAAAUUUAGGAAAUGCAUUGGAUAUUGUGGAACCACAGAAUGCUCAACUUUUUUAUAAGAUUACAAUGGCCUUCAGCAGAACCUGUGGACGUAAUCAACUCAUUCUUCAAAAAGUUCAAAGUUUCCUAGAGAAAGCAUUUAGUUUAACCCCCCAGCAAGCAGAAAUUGCUACAGAGCUCGGCUACCAAAUGAUUCUCCAAGGCAAAGUUAAGGAGGCCUGGAAAUGGUACAGGACUGCCAUGACACUGAAUGAAAGCAACAUCUCUGCAGUUACUGGACUCAUCCGAUGUCAGUUAAUAGAAGGGCAAUUGCAAGAUGCAGACCAGCAGCUAGAGUUCUUCAGUGAAUUCCAGCAGUCAAUGGGCAAAUCUGCGGAAUUAAUGUAUUUGCAUGCAGUUCUUGCUACAAAAAAAAAUAGUCGACAGGAAGAAGUUAUAAAUCUGUUAAAUGAUGCUGUGAAUACUCACUUUUCACACUUAGAAGAUUUACCUCUUGGAAUACAGUAUUUUGAAAAGCUCAAUCCUGACUUCUUACUAGAAGUUGUUACUGAAUAUCUGAAUUUUUGUCCAAUUCAGCCUGCAGGUCCCGGGCAGCCUCUUUCUCCAGUUCUCAGACGUUGUUCUUCAGUCCUAGAGACGAUUAUCAGAAGUGUCCCAGGUCUUCCGCACGCUGUCUUCUUAAUGGCCAAAGUGAAGUAUUUGUCAGGUGACAUUGAAGCGGCAUACAACAACCUGCAACACUGUCUAGAGCACAGCCCCUCCUACGCGGAGGCCCACCUCUUGAUGGCACAGGUGUACUUGUCUCAAGAGAAAGUCAAACUAUGUUCUCAGUCUCUGGAACUUUGUCUGAGCUAUAAUUUUAAUGUGAGAGACUACCCAUUAUACCACUUAAUCAAAGCACAGUCACAAAAGAAAAUGGGAGAAGUAGCAGAAGCAAUUAAAACUCUGCACAUGGCAAUGAACCUCCCAGGAAUGAGGAGAAGUAGAGCCUCCUCGAAGUCAAAACACAGAACUGAGGUGGAUGCCAGCCACCGUUUAUCCAUCUUCCUGGAGUUGGUGGAGGUUCACCGCUUAAAUGGAGAACAGCACGAGGCAGCAAAGGUUUUACAAGAUGCCAUCCAUGAGUUUUCUGGAACGUGUGAAGAAUUACGUGUUACUAUUGCUAAUGCAGACCUGGCUCUGGCCCAAGGAGAUACGGAGCGUGCAUUAAGCAUGCUUCGAAAUGUCACAACCGAACAGCCUUAUUUUAUAGAGGCCAAAGAAAAAAUGGCAGAUAUUUACCUGAAGCAUAGAAAAGAGAAAAUGUUAUAUAUCACCUGUUACAGAGAAAUUGCUGAAAGAAUGCCCAGUCCCCGGUCCUUUCUGCUCCUUGGUGAUGCAUACAUGAACAUCCAAGAGCCUGAAGAAGCCAUAGUGGCCUAUGAACAAGCAUUAAAUCAGAACCCAAAAGAUGGAACACUGGCAAGAAAAAUUGGGAAAGCGCUUGUCAAAACUCACAAUUACUCAAAGGCAAUCACCUAUUAUGAAGCUGCUCUGAAAAGUGGACAACAAAAUUGCCUUUGCUAUGACCUGGCUGAGCUCUUACUAAGACUGAAGUUGUAUGAGAAAGCAGAGAAAGUUCUCCAGCAUUCUCUAGCUCAUGAACCUGUAACUGAAUUGUCAGCUCUCAUGGAGGAUGGGCGUUCCCAAGUCCUUCUAGCAAAAGUUUACUCUAAAAUGGAAAGACCCAGCGAUGCGAUUGCUGCAUUACAGCAGGCUCGAGAACUGCAGGCUCGGAUAUUGAAGCGAGUUCAGAUGGAGCAGCCAGAUGCAGUUCCCUCACAGAAGCACUUUGCAGCUGAAAUUUGUGCAGAGAUUGCGAAACACUCUGCUGCUCAGCGAGACUAUGAAAAAGCCAUUACAUUUUAUAGAGAGGCCCUGGUACAUUGUGAAACAGAUAGUAAGAUAAUGUUGGAACUGGCCCAGUUAUACUUGGCCCAAGAAGACCUUGAUGCCUCCCUGAGGCACUGCGCACUGCUUCUCCAGAGGGACCAGGAUAAUGAACCGGCCACCAUGUUGAUGGCUGACCUCAUGUUCAGAAAACAGGACUAUGAACAAGCAGUGUUUCAUUUGCAGCAGCUUUUAGAACGGAAACCAGAUAAUUUUAUGACUUUGUCUCGUUUGAUUGAUCUCCUGAGAAGAUGUGGGAAACUUGAGGAUGUUCCGAGAUUUUUUUCAAUGGCUGAGAAACAUAACUCCAGAACAAAAUUGGAGCCAGGAUUUCAGUACUGUAAAGGAUUACAUUUUUGGUAUACUGGAGAACCAAAUGAUGCCCUUCGACAUUUUAAUAAAGCUCGAAAAGAUAGUGAUUGGGGCCAAAAUGCACUUUAUAAUAUGAUAGAAAUCUGCUUGAAUCCGGAUAAUGAAACUAUUGGAGGUGAAGUGUUUGAAAACCUUGAUGGAGACCUGGGUUCAACUGAGAAGCAGGAAUCUGUGCAGUUAGCUGUGAGGACGGCGGAAAAGCUGCUGAAAGAACUGAAGCCUCAGACCAUCCAGGGCCGCUUGCAGCUCCGCAUUCUGGAGAACUGCUGCCUGAUGGCCACCAAACAGAAGUCCAGCGUGGAGCAGGCGCUGAACACCUUCACUGAAAUAGCAGCCUCUGAGAAGGAUCAUAUUCCAGCUCUCUUGGGAAUGGCAACAGCUUAUAUGAUCUUGAAACAGACGCCGAAAGCCAGAAACCAGCUGAAGCGGAUUGCAAAAAUGACUUGGAAUCCUAUUGAAGCCGAGGACCUGGAGAAGAGCUGGCUGCUGCUUGCUGAUAUUUAUAUUCAGUCAGCAAAAUAUGACAUGGCAGAAGAAUUACUAAAGCGCUGCCUGUGCCAUAACCGUUCUUGUUGCAAAGCUUAUGAAUAUAUGGGAUACAUUAUGGAGAAAGAGCAAGCAUAUACAGAUGCGGCCUUCAACUAUGAGAUGGCGUGGAAACACAGUAACCAGACAAAUCCAGCAGUGGGAUACAAAUUGGCAUUUAAUUACUUAAAAGCAAAACGAUAUGUGGAUGCAAUUGACAUAUGUCACCAGGUUCUUGAAGCACAUCCAGGUUACCCCAAAAUCAGAAAGGAUAUUCUUGAUAAGGCCCGUGCAUCAUUAAGACCUUGAAAAUGAUUGUGUUCGUUAUUUCUUUAAACUGUUGAGCAGGAGACGGCAGGGUCCAACAGCCUUUGCAGUACGCACAGCUUCAGCUGACACUGUGUCACAGAAGCAUGUCUCCUCUUCUCCAGCAGAGGAUGCUGCUGUCCAUGGACAAACACUGUGUCUGUGGUGUUGGCUGGUGGAGGGGCUGGUGAGAGCUGGCCUUGCUCUCUUCCAUUAGGCGCAAAUGACGUAGUUCUGUGAAAAAGGCUAGUUCAUGUCUACAGAGGAUAUUUUUGUUAAAGUCUACAUGAUAUAUCUUUUCUAAAGAGUAUAGAUUUUCAACAAACCUAUUUAAAGUCUCCGGUUACCUGUUAAAUUUUUUAUUAUAGUUUGUGAUAUAAUCUCAUGUAAUUUAUGAAAAAAGAAUAAGUAUUUUAAAUGGAUAUUUUAAUAAAGAUUUUGUGAAUA